AUGAAAACAGCGAGGGCGGUUACUGGGGCGCGGGUCUGCCGCCCGACGUCGGCCGGCGCACUAGCCGUCUCGACCCGGCUCCGUUCGUCUCCAGAGAAGUUCGCGAACGCGCUCGCCAAUGCGACAACGCCAUGGAACAGUGAAUUUUUCAACUCAACUAGUAUUUACCCGAACCGAUUUACGAGAGGGACAAAACGAAAGCUGCAUUGCCAUGAAAUACUUACUGAGGCAAAA